AAACAGUGUGCAAUAUAUAAGAGAAUUUGCGCACGCAGACAAGGCGGUAUUUUCGUUCGAGUGCCACGUAAAUAAGAGAAGACAGGACCAAUAAGAUUGCCCUAGGAUAAAAAGUCCCGCGACGACGCACAUGGGUGAUCGCCGUGACAAAACAUUUCAUUUGCAUUAAAGAGUUCAUAACGCAGGUAUUCUGGACACAGGUAGCACGAUAUGGCUACCUCUCAUUUAGUAGUGACUUUCUGUGCCACUGCUGGCAAGAAUGGGGAAGAUUUAGGUGUGGACGAGGAACAAAUUGUGCUCUUCGUGUAUCUAUUAUUCGACGUACUGAACUGCAAGGUAGUUGCAGUACAGCAACAUUAUGUCAAGCCUCAACCCUCUGAGACCACAGAAACAGUGCUUACAGAAGAAUGUAAGACAGAGACUGGUCUGAAUGAGGAAGCUGUCAAACAUUCUCAGCCUCUAGAACACAUCCUGGAUGAGUUCGACAGAUUUUUGUCUUCCAAGGGAGUUCACCCUGAACACGGAGGGAAAUCUUUCUGUGUGUUAACAGACGGACAGUUACAUCUGCGCCAGUGUCUUCAUCCAGAAACCACAAACAAAAACAUUUCACUGCCCUCCUAUUUUUAUAAGUUUUACGACUUGCGGAAAGAAUUCAAGAAGUUCUACAAAACAGAUAAUAUACCCAAUAUCAAAUCUAUGCUGGACUAUUUAGGAUUACAAGAGGACAACUCUGUGGAAUAUGGAAUUCGACAAUGUCAAGAAAUGGCGAACGUUCUACACAGAUUAAUCAACGAUGGGCACGUGUUUGGGGAACCAGAAAUAAUAAACGAACGUUUAGAACCCGGUAUAUGCAGUAAAUCGGACAUCGUGGAUGACAACCAUGUUGUUCGAGCUCGCGGUCUUCCAUGGCAGUCUUCCGACCAAGAUAUUGCACGAUUCUUCAAAGGAUUAAACAUUGCAAAAGGUGGCGUAGCGCUUUGCUUAAGUCCACAGGGUAGGAGAAAUGGGGAAGCAUUAGUGAGAUUAGAAAAUGAAGAAAAUAGAGAUCUAGCACUGAAAAGACAUAAACAUCAUAUUGGACAGAGAUACAUAGAAGUAUAUAAAGCCACAGGAAAAGAUUUUGUUAACGUUGCUGGUGGUAGUAAUUCAGAAGCGCAAGCAUUUCUUUCAAGAGGGGGACAGGUCAUUAUACGCAUGCGUGGAUUGCCAUUUACAGCCACUGCGCAACAAGUGCUAGAGUUCUUUGCCCGAGAGCCAUCCGUUUCGGUGUUGGAUGGAGAAGAAGGGAUUCUCUUUGUCCACUAUCCUGAUGGAAGAUCCACUGGUGAUGCUUUUGUUCUUCUUGCCUCAGAAGAAGAUGCAGUUUCAGCACUGAAGAAACACAGGGAGAUCAUGGGAACACGCUACAUUGAACUCUUUAAAAGCACUACUGCUGAAGUUCAACAGGUUCUCAACAGAAGCAUGGACCCAAGGAACCCAGAACCCCAGGAAACCCCUCUUCCAGCAAUAAUCACCCAACUUACUCCCCAAAGCCAGCUUCCUUACAUUCCUCAAAGCCUCAUUACAAGCGGUACUCGUCGCGACUGCAUCCGGUUACGCAACAUUCCAGGUGGCGCUCAGGUUACAGAUAUUUUGAACUUCCUGGGCGAAUUCUCUCAGUUUAUAAUCUUCCAGGGUGUUCACAUGGUUUAUACAGCACAGGGAGAGCCUUCAGGUGAAGCAUUUAUACAGAUGGAUUCAGAGGAGUCAGCACAGCUGACAACAAUUAAUAGAAAUAAGAGACACAUGGUGUUUGCCCAAAAGAAAAGAAUUAUUGACGUCAUACAGUGCUCUGGGGAGGAUAUGAAUCUCGUAUUGACUAAUGGUAUUCCCACAACGUCUAUACCUUCACCACCACAAAUACCUUUUAUACAGAGACCCAUUCUUUCACAAGGAUUGACUUCCUUUCCCUCCCCAACUACGCCCACACUCAUUCCAACGUCUUUGCCAUCACUGCAGCCGGCAUCAUUGCCCAUUGCCCACUUGCCACAGCAUCUCCAGACGGCCGCCUUCCCGCCAACCAUGAUGUCUGCCCCCCUUGCAGCAGCUCCAAGACCUGCCUACUUUCCCCAGAUUGUUUACUGGUACCCUAGCCCUCCUAUUUCUCCACAAACCUAUGUCACACAUACAGGGCCUCCCACGCUUGUCGUAUUGAGAGGCCUUCCCAUCAAUGCACAAGUUCAAGACAUUUUGAACUUCUUUCAAGGUUUUCCAGAGGUAACCCCAGAAAACAUUCAGAUUCAGAUUUUACCAGAUGGAAGACUUACAGGGGACGCCUUGAUUUCCUUCAUGACACGGUCGGAAGCAGAGCGUGCAAUAGCUCAGAGAAGCAAACAUACAAUUGGACAGUGUGUUAUAGAGCUGUUUCUAGCCUAAAUUGACAUGGGUAAAGUACGCAGUGUGAAAAAAUUAGUAUGAAAAGAAAGAAAAUCACACAAUGUGUUCAGACAUUCCAGGGUCCAAAUAGAUAUGUUUAUUUUAGUAAUUUUAUGAUGUUUAUUGUAUUAUAAUUGUAAAGAUAUAUAAAUCUGCUAAUCUCUUUUUUUUUUCUUGAAAAGAUCUUGCAUAUUUUAACUUAAAAUAGAUCUGAACACACAUGGCAAAUCUAGCAAUAUUUUAUAUAUAUUACUUCCAGUCAAAUUCUUGCCUGUCUCACUUCUAUUUCCGACUAUUUUGCCAUGUUUGUAUUUUAAGAGUUGUUAGUAGAACAGAUUACUGCAAAAAAAUAUGUUGCUACAUGUAAUUAUUCUUGUUAUUAGUGCUGCGAUAAAUUUAUAUUUUGUUUAAUUUCUUGAAAAGUAAAAAGAAAUAUUUCAAGUAACUAUAUAUUAUUGAUAUGCAUAUAUAAGUGCCUACAUUUGAGUAUUGAGUCAAGUAUUGUUAUACCGUUUUACAAUUUACGAAAUGAUUGUGAAUACGCGUCAUGUUUAUUUUGUUUUUGUUUUUAUUGUUGUUUAUGUUUAUAUCAAAACAUAUCACUCCAUGACAGCCUUUGAUAUUUUGUAUUUUUUAUCCAUGCUUGAAAAUAAGACCCUUUUUAAAGAGAAUUAUCUUGAAGCAAGGGAUUUUAAUGAUAAUUUGUCAUAAGUCAAAACUUUACAAAAAAGAAAUUCUAUAUUCCAAAAUCAACGUAUAACUGUUAUAGUUAUCUAUUUUAUGCAAAAAAAAAAAUUCUAUGCAAUAUCAAGAAAUCAAACAUAAAUUUGAAUGUUCUAGUCAUAUUUUGUUGUUUAGAAUUUAUUACAUGUAAUAUACUAACUGAUAGUAGUAAUUAUAUACUGAGUUUAUAGCAAGCGCAUGAUAAUUUGAUUUUUUGAGGUUGUGAUUAUUAAUUAACGUGUUGUAUAUAAGCCAUGACAGCUAUUUUUAGCCAUAGGGAUUAUGCACUUUUGCUUUGAGAAAAUUAUGAAUACAAAUGUACAUGUAUAGAUAUUACAAUUGUGCAAUAUCUAAAAUAAGAAUCGCUUUAAUUUUUUAAAAAGCUGUUUUAGAUGAUCUUGAUAUCCUUUUCUUACACCAGAAAUUUGAAUCUUAAAUAACUAGAAAAGUUUUUGAGAAACAGUUUUUGAUUUUUGUCUUUUAUUUUUUUUUUCUUUGGUUCUUCUUGAAGAAAGAUUUUUUUGAAUUCAGAUAAAUUAUAAAUAAUUCUAUAGAUAUACAUUAUUUUAAUGUUACCUUGUCUAGAUUUACUGAUAUUUGUUAACAUGAUCAUUCCUACGCAUAAUUGUUGUACAUUUUUGUAAAAAAAAAAAAUAAUAAUAACUGCUGAUGUAUAUGACUCUUCCCACGAUGUUUUGUAGAAUGUUGUAGAUAAGAUUGUAGCAAUGUUAGAUUUAGAACUUUAUAUAUAUACAUUAUAACAUCAAAACUAUAAUUUUCCAUAAAAAAUGGCAAUAAACAACUUAGAAUCGCAGUGGUGGUGGUGCUGUAUUGUUUUGGUGUUGGUGGUGGCUUUUUUGCUUGAAUUUAUUCUCCAUUAUUACGUGGAAUUGCGCAAUACACUCAGUUAUUUUAUGCCAUAGCACUUGUGUGAUUUCAAGAAGAAGGGAACAAGCACUAAUAUCGUAAGAGCAUUUUAUGGUGGCAGUGUAUUUAUACAUAUCAUUUUUUAGAGUUAUUUGCUCUUGAUAUUUUUGUUCGGGAUGGGCGUUUAUUUUUUAAUUGGGGAUUGCACAAGCGAGUGCAAGUACUCACACAAUUUUACCAGGAAUACCUUUGCCAGAGGUUUCAUAUCAUUUUAACACAGACGUAUUUUAGACACGUGUUUAAUUGUGCAAUAAGGAUUAUGGACAAUGUUUUUUAAAAUGGUUGAGGCAUUAAAAUUAGUUGGGUUUUAAGUUUUGGAGGUGUUUUGGUGCACAUUUGCUUUCUGUGAUAUAUUUAUUUUUAAGUUUUUAACACCUUUUUAAAGAUUUUUAUGAAAUAUAUAUUUAUUAAAAACUUAUUUAAAAAAUAUAUGAAAAUAUGUCCAUGUCUUUAUUGACAAUUAAACCGGAAAUGGUAUAAAAUGUGUGGGUAUUGUGCGCAACUUCCCUUUUUGUGAUGUGGAUAUGGUACGGUUGCUCGUGGAGCCGGUGAAGGUGAACUUAGUUUCUCUUUGUGCUAAAACCCCCCAGGAAAACUAAACGGAAUGAAUUUACUCUUGUGGAGUCUUUGGUGCGUCACGGUUAAAAGAAGGUGGUACUUCAGGCUUUUACUAAAGGUGGCCAGUCCUUAUACACGAGUGCUGCAAACCUUAAAAUAUUUAACACGUUAUUAGCUUUGGAAGGCAAGAUGUCAUGCAGUUGCAAAGUGCCAUACCGUUUUUAAUAUAAUCAGAAAUACUCAUAUCAGUUUCCAAAUACUUCUUAAAAAACAGCAUAUCAAACACACUUGUUAAUUUGUCUCAACAAAUUGUCAUCUUGCUGCUGGUUUUAUACCUGUGCAAUACAAACCUCUAGCUGACCUCGAUCUAAUCAGAGUCAAAACGGAGCAUGCGGUGACUAGUCAAUGGAAUAAUGUUGCAUGAUUUUACUAUUUAUUAUUCCUACAUAUCACUUUGUCGUUUGUUUUAUUCACCCAUUUUUUUUUUUCAUAUUUAGAUUGUAGAAAAUGUCUUUUUAAUUAUACAUAUCUUUAUUUUUAACGCGCCAAGCUUACAUUAUCAGGUGACUAGAAAAAAAAUAACUAGUCGGUAUUGCUUAUUCAUCACUGCUCAAUGUGAUGAUGCAAAAUUCACUGAGCAAUGGCCACAACACUUUAUUUGUGUUUUGUAAGCUUGGAAAGUGGUAUGUGUUCAGAAAUAUAUAUAUAUAUAUUUACAUAUUCUAUGGGCAAGUGAAAUAUUCUUGUCCCAAAUGUUAAUGUAUUACGUUGCAUUUACAGUUUUUAUUAUUUUAUGAAAUGUCGCAUUAUUAAGAAUAAAAUAUAGUUAAGUUGAUCAAUGCAUUCUAAUGGUUGCAAUUGGGUGUAGAUCUUGAAAAAUAGAUAACAAAGUAUAAUAAUUACAUCA